UAAGGAAGCGUCUCAGGUAGAUUUCUCAUUGUUGUUUGGAUGUCUUUCACCUGAAACGCAGCUUUUAUCCUCCACUUUUCUCCAGUGUUCUCACCUGUUCAUCAGCGCGAGGUGUUUCUGAACCAGGUCUCAGGCUCGAAAAUGACAUUCCCAGAACAAAUGACCAUAUCUUCCCUUCUGAAAGGGGCAGUGGAUGCAGCAUUAGAUGCAUAGUUCUCCCAGCUGUUCCCUCAGCCUCCCCCUCUCCCCCCUCUGCUCGGCUGGAAGAGGAAGUGAGAGUUUAUCUGCAGAGGAGAAACAGGAAGUGAGAAACACCAACACAGCCUCAGACCCGUCCGUCAUGGCGUCCGUCCUGAGCUUCUACCUGAGCUACCUGCUGCUGCUGAGCCUGAGUGUGUGUGUGUUGGUGUGUGUGUGUGUGUGGAGCAGCGUCUGGCGGGGGGGCUUUGCGUGGGACGGGUCAGCGCUGCAGUUUAACUGGCAUCCAGUCCUGAUGGUGAGCGGCCUGCUGCUGCUCUAUGGGAACGGAGCGGUGUUGUACCGCGUCCCGCUGACCUGGGGUCAGAACAAGUUGCCCUGGAAGCUUCUUCACGCCGGCCUCAUGCUGCUCGCUCUCAUCUUCUCCAUUGUCGGUCUGUGUGCCGUGUUCGACUUCCACAACAAGAACAAGACGCCCAACCUGUACUCUCUGCACAGCUGGAUCGGGAUCGCUGCCACGGCUCUGUUCGCCCUGCAGUGGGUGUUUGGUGCGGGGGUGUUCCUCCUCCCCUGCUCCCCCCCCUCGCUGAGAGGCUUCCUGAAGCCCCUCCAUGUGUGGAUGGGGGGGGGCAUCCUGGGGCUCAGCGUCGCCGCCUGCAUCUCCGGCAUCAACGAGAAACUCUUCUUUGUUCUUAAAGCAGGUCCCUCGUAUUCGGAACUUCCCUCCGAGGCCGUGUUGGGGAACUCGUUGGGAGUUUUGAUCGUUGCCUUCGGACUCGUGGUCAUGAGGAUUCUGUCCAAUCAGAACUGGCAGAGACCGGACUCCAGGCCUGAGGAUCUGGUGUACACGCCGUUGCUUCAAGAAGAAAACGAAUGAAGGAAAUACAAAAUGUCUCAAACCAAAACCAGUCCCACCAUCACACAUCUCAUUUCCACUCAUUCAUUUAAUCUGAAUGUACAAACAGUGUGAGAACUAUCCGUCUGUUGUGGUGUAAAUAUUUAUUGAGAUAAUAUUUAAGAAUAAAAGAGUUUUCCUCUAA